AUGCUCCAGCGCCCGAGCAUCGAGCCCUUCCUCGUCGAGAAGGAGGGCCGCAGCGAGGUCGACAUGGCGCCGGCCAUCGAGUGUCUUACGCCCAAGGAAGCGCCGUCGCCAUCCUCGGCGGCAACGACGUCGCGACGAUGGCACUGGGUCCAUACCCAGCUGACGCAGAAGGUCCUGUACAUCAUCCUCUUUUGCCUCUCGACCUUCUUGAGCUCAUCGAUCGCUUGCGGCUGGGUCGCCAACGCGGUCCAUCGCCCGACGUCGACGCCCUUCUCGCUCGCGCGUGCCCAAGCGGUCCUUCAGGCGCACGGGACAGCGUACGACGAGUGCAUUCAAGACGCACUCGCCCACGAGAUGCUCGCGCUUGUUGCGACAUGGAGCCACGAGCAAGAGGUUGUUGCUAGCAUUGCAGCUGCCAACGAGGUGGCGAUCCUCGCUUUGGCGAAUGCAACCUCGGCCUGCAAAGCGACCCUUGUUGAGCUGCAAGCCACGUUUCCUCUAUCGUCGUCGGGCAACGUGCUCUGCUCGCCCGAUGACCAACUGGCCCUCGAGACGCUCCAGAACGCGUAUUCGCUUACGCAGCCGCCGACAAACAGUCGUGUCUUUCUUCGCUUCCCCAACGCCCAAGCUCAAGCCGACGCCACGGCGCUGAACCGGACGCUCACCAAGUUUCAAGAAAGUAUCAACGCAGACGCGCUUGCUCUUCGCGACGUCGUUUCGGCCGGUGCAUCCUCGCUCCAAACCAACAUGGACAAGACCCACGCGGCCGUUCUCACGCUCCAGAGUCAGUGGUCGACAGCGACAAGCGACACGGUUGAUAUCCACGGCGUUCUCAGUUCGCUCCAAGGCGCCAAGGCUUCCGCGGCUGCCAUCGAAGCCGUCCUCGCCAAGGCCAAGCCGGCGCUGGCCGCGGUCGGAAUCGCCCUUCCGCCAAUUCGCAUUGCGCUGGACCUGGAGACGUCCAUGACGCAACUCCUUCUCUUUGGCUCUGUGAUGAACCGAUCGAUUGCAGCGGUUGCGGACGCGCAAGAGGCAACGCGAGAUGACGCACGCGCGUGGGUCGCAGGGCUUGGCAACGCGAUGGACGCCGCCAACGCUACGACCGCCAACUUUGCAUCGCAGGUCGCGCGGUACACAACGCCCAACGCCUCGUCGUCGUUGCACCGGGCGACCUUUGGCAACUGGACGCUCCGAGAUGCGCUGCUGGAAGAGCGAGGUGGCGCUGUCGUCGACACGUAUCCCGCGUGGUGCAAAGUCGUGAAUGCAUCGGGCACGGUGGUGCCGGCGGGGACAGCGACCGACGACGAUGCACCUGGCAGCGAUCGACGAGGUGCGUACGGGGUCAACUUCCAAGGCAACGUGGUCGCGACGUCGCUUCCACUCGAUUUUCUCGUUCGACUCGCGCUCUGCGUGCUCGUGACCGUUCGGAUUGCACAAGACGCAUUCACCGAGGUCCCCGAGAUCGACAACCAAAACGCAUCGCGCCUUCAAACGACAGCGGACUGGCUCGACGUGCUCCGUUGCCGCCACUCGAUCUUGGAUGUGCUGUCGAGCAUCUGCCGCCUCCGUCUUUGGCCGUUCCUCGUUGCGGUCCUUCUCGGUGUCGUGCUCACGGCCAUGACCGUGCUCAUUAUCCUCCCAUUGAAUCGCACGCACAGCGAGGCGUGUGCCAACGCGACGAUGUCGGAUCCGUCGCCCAACUGGCUCGGCAACAUCGUCCUCACCUUUGCAAGUUCGUCCAUGACGGCGAACGGCGCCCUGCACGCCUCGGCGGGCGUCUCGACGCUGCAGUCGCUGCACGACAACUCGUGCGCGGCCAGUCAGCUGAGCCUUUUGCGUGCCAGCAUGGGCCACCACGCCAACGCAUCGUUGCGGUAUCGCGAGUACGCCCAGCUGCACGCGCUCGUGACGCAGCUGCGCAAGUGCAUGCCGUCAAACGACAUGCGCGCCGAUUGUGCCGUGUCCCCUGAGGCUGUCGCUGCACUCACGCCACUGCAGGCGUCCUACACGUGCCCGGCCUACACUGCGACACGCCGCCGCGUCCAAAGCGCUUGCGCCGCCGUCGUCCGCAGCUUUGCAAGCGGCGACGGCAAGGCCCACGUAUGCGCGCUCGAGCGCUCGCUGCUCGAAGUGGUCUCGGUCGCGUGGGUUUCGGUGCUCACGUUCGUCCUCCUCAACGGCGCGCACCUCUGCUUUAUGAAAGCGGUCGCGUUCUGGCUCUGGCGCGCGCUCAGCGCCGGGCGGUACCCGUUCGUGGGCUUUGUUGACGGUGAUGGCAACGCAUUGGACGCCGACCAGCUGCGCGUGGGCCUCGAGCGCCGCCUCGCUGAGCACACGCGUCUCUGCCGUCUCUACGCCGGCCUCGCGACGGCGCUAUGGCUUGUGGCCUUUCUAUCGGCGCAGCGCAUCCUCGCGACGCUCGGCUAA